AGAAAAGUAAGUAGUAGUGGUUUCGAGGUACCCGCCUGGGAGCAAUCGCGUUGACGAGUAAAAGAAGGAAGAAUAGAAAGGAAGAAAACACAGAGGAGUCAAAUGAAAAUAAACGAUACGUGUUAAAAAAUAAAACGGUGAAAUCGUUAGUCGUUGAUAAAAUAGAUAGAGUGAUAGAGAGGGAGUGAGAGAGAGGAAAAAAAACGACACGUUAAAUAACCCCCCAAAUGAUUCGUACAUUGAAAACAACGUUCGCCGUUAGAUUGAUAAGUUCGUGUGAAAAGGUCUCCUAAGCCCGUUGAAUCGAAGGAGAGCCUCGACAAGUGGUGGUUGGUUGGAUUAACUUCGUCUCUGUGUUUGGAUCGAAAAUACGGCGGAGAAACGAAUUUUCCGCACCCAAACGGGACGUUAAAAACACCACAAUUAUCAAAAUGGCAGAGAAUCAAGGAAACUCUUCGCAUCAAUUAAACCAAGGAACCGGCAGAAACUUCUUUCCACGUUUGGAUUUUCUGUCCAAUAACGAUAUUCAGAACGAUGUGUCAGAGAAAAGACAGGCGUUAAAGAUGAACCUGGGAUCUAGCAGCCUGACCUUUUCAAAUUCCACAAACUCGACUCACUCCAAUUCCACCAGUAUGUCAUCAUGCCAACCAUUGCCGUCGUCUCGCCCUAGCUUGCCCUUACCUUUGCCCAAGUUGCCGAUCAGGCCUCGGCCGGCAGCGCAACAAGAAUUUCUCCCUGAUAAAGCAAGGUAUUAUUCCAGGGAGAAAUUACGGAUGUGUCAAUCAAUGCAGAGCACUGGAAAACUUCAGUUAUCUCCUGACACGAUAUACGAUUUUACCAGCGAGGAUUUACAAGAUUUGGGAGAGAUCGGGCGCGGAGGAUUUGGCACUGUAAAUAAGAUGAUACAUAGGAUAAGCAAUACCGUCAUGGCUGUGAAGAGGAUUCGCUCAACAGUGGAUGAAAGAGAACAGAAACAACUUUUAAUGGAUUUGGAAGUUGUUAUGAAAUCCAACGAGUGUCCCUGCAUCGUGCAAUUUUAUGGAGCUUUAUUUAAAGAGGGAGACUGUUGGAUUUGCAUGGAACUAAUGGACACGUCUUUAGACAAAUUCUACAAAUUUAUAUAUGAGAGAUUAAACGAGAGGAUACCUGAAAGUAUACUGGGAAAAAUCACAGUAGCUACAGUUAAGGCAUUAAAUUAUCUUAAGGAGAAGCUCAAAAUUAUUCACCGUGAUGUUAAGCCAAGCAACAUACUUCUCGACCGUCGUGGUAACAUCAAGCUAUGCGAUUUUGGCAUUUCUGGACAGUUGGUUGAUUCAAUUGCCCGAACACGAGACGCCGGAUGCAGGCCUUACAUGGCUCCGGAAAGGAUAGAUCCCCAACGAGCAAGAGGAUAUGACGUGAGGAGCGACGUAUGGUCUCUGGGGAUAACGUUGAUGGAAGUAGCGACUGGAUAUUUUCCAUAUCCAAAAUGGAAUUCGGUAUUCGAACAGCUAUAUCAGGUGGUACAAGGAGACCCGCCGCGCUUGUCACCCAACGAGAAUGGAAAUCGUUUUACAAUGGAUUUUGUCAAUUUCGUAAAUACAUGUUUGAUCAAGGAAGAGACGCAGCGUCCAAAAUACAACAAACUUUUGGAACAUCCUUUCAUAAGGAAAGGUGAAGAAGCGAAAAUAGACGUGGCCGCGUAUGUCAGCGGAGUGUUAGACAGUAUGGCUAACAAUGGAGUGACGCCGUUCACCACGAAUCAGCCUUAAGAGAGAAAAAUUGAAUGAAAAGAAAUGCAUUCCAUGGACCUCAUCCGUAAAAGUAACGUAGAUAAUAUACUAUGUUCCCCUUGGAAUAUAAUUUUAUUACGGAAAGGCCCCCUCCCCUGCCCCUCUUGAUGAAGGACUUUUGAAACCCGGAUACUCCGUAACGAGUAGGAGGUAAUGAACGACAUUCAAUUGUAUCAAAUAUGUAGAGAAAGAAGAAAAGAGGAAAAAAAUCGCGGAGAUAUUACGUAUAAUAGAAAAUAAUUUCCUACGAAUCUUGUGAGAAACAAAAAGAAAUAUGAAAUGUCGCAAAACACAGCUGUGGCAUACCGCUUACACAAAGUAAAAAUAUACAUAUAUUAGAUAUCAUCUCCAGAACGAUCCGUAGUUCUUCUAAUAGGUAUUACGAAUUUCAAUCAUAGAAAAAGAAGACGAGAAAAACGUAAAAAAAAAACAAACAAAACGGAGAGUAACAAUUGAAAAGUA